GUAAGUUUAAUCAUGAUUAGAGGUUUGAAAAUGGAGUCAAGCACAAGAGAUGUAGUUGAGUUUGAAGAAGAAGAAGAGGAGGAGGAGCAAAACGGCCCAUCGAGGUGGCGACCACCUAGUGAUGGUGGCACCACCACCAAUCGCUUUAUUAUUCAUCCACAAAAUUGGUGGUAUCUAGGAUGGAAGCAAUUCAUAUUGAUAUGGGCGGUAUAUUCCUCCUUCUUCACACCCCUUGAGUUCGGAUUCUUCCGAGGGUUACCUGAGAAGUUAUUCCUCCUGGACAGUGCCGGCCAACUUGCUUUUUUCAUCGACAUUUUCCUGCAUUUCUUCCUCGCCUUUAAGGACCCCCAUUCCCAUCGCCUUGUCUCUAACCAUAAUCAAAUCGCCAUUCGCUACUUAAAAUCUCGUUUCAUACUUGACUUUCUUGGUUGUUUGCCGCUCGAUGCCAUUUACAAGGCUUGUAACAGAAACGAAGUUGUGAGGUACCUGCUAUGGAUCAGGCUAAGUAGGGCUCUUAGAGUGACUGAAUUCUUUGAGGCAUUGGAGAAAGAUAUUCGAAUCAACUACCUGUUUACAAGAAUUAUUAAACUUUUUGUUGUUGAACUGUAUUGUACACACACGGCUGCCUGUUUCUUCUACUACCUGGCCACCACUCUGCCUCCAGCUCAAGAAGGGUACACAUGGAUAGGGAGUUUGAAGAUGGGAGACUACAAUUAUUCCGAAUUUCGAGAUAUAGACUUGUGGACACGCUAUAUAACCUCUCUAUAUUUCGCCAUUGUCACCAUGGCAACUGUUGGUUACGGAGAUAUACAUGCUGUGAACAAUAGGGAAAUGAUAUUCAUAAUCAUGUAUAUUUCGGGUGAUAUGAUUCUUGGUGCUUAUUUACUAGGUAAUAUGGCAGCACUAAUUGUGAAAGGAUCAAGAACAGAAAGGUUCAGGGAUAAAAUGACGGAUAUUAUAAAAUAUAUGAAUAAACAUGAUCUUGGGAAGCAGAUAAGUAAAGAGAUCAAAGGCCAUGUGCGCUUACAGUAUGAGACCAGCUACAACGAAGCUUCUGUUCUUCAGGAUAUUCCUGCUACUUUCAAAGCCAAGAUCUCACAAAAGUUAUAUGAACCUUACAUCAAAGAAGUUCCUCUUUUCAAGGGAUGCUCACUUCCAUUUAUCAAGCAGAUAGCAAUUAAAGUUCAGGAAGAACUUUUUCUACCAGGAGAAGUGAUUAUUGAAGAAGGAAAUAUAGCAGACCAGCUUUACAUUGUUUGUUACGGGAAGUUGGAGGAUGUUGAAAGAAGUGAGAAUGAAGCAGAAAAAUGUGUUAGGACAUUGGAAAUGUACAGCUCUCUGAAUGAAUUGUCUGUUCUUUGUAACAUUCCAGUACCUGAUACGGUUCGUGUUGCGGAGCUGUCAAAGCUACUGCGCAUUGAUAAGCAAUCUCUUACAGAUAUAUUGGAGAUACAUUUUGCUGAUGGGAGGAUCAUUCUAGAUAACCUCCUUGAGGGAAAUCAAACACGCCUUCGUAAAAAGAUAUUGGAGUCUGACUUAACACUUCAUGUAGCAAAACAUGAAUCUGAGUUGGCUCUGAGGUUAAAUUUUGCUGUUUAUAGUGGUGACCUCUAUCGUGUAAAGCGUUUGGUUGCAUCUGGGAUAAAUCCCAAUAACACAGAUUAUGAUGGAAGAUCGCCUUUGCAUAUUGCUGCAAUCAAGGGAUUUGCAGACCUUGUUCAGUUUCUCUUGCAAAAGGAAGCAAGAAUCAAUGCUACAGAUAAUAAUGGAAAUACUCCCUUAUUUGAAGCAAUCAAGAACGGGCAUGAUGGGGUGGUUUCCAUGCUUGUGGAAGCCGGAGCGUUUUUGGAUAUGGACAAUGCUGGGAAUUGUCUUUGUAUGGCUGUUGCAAAGGGGGACAUAGAGUUUUUAAAAAGAGUUUUGGAUAACGGUGUUAAUCCCAACUCCCGGAAUUAUGAUCUUCGUACACCACUUCAUAUUGCUGCUGCAGAAGGCUUGUAUUCGAUUGCUAAGUUGAUCCUAGAAGCUGGAGGGAGUGUAUCUUCCAAAGAUAGAUGGGGUAACACGCCUCUUGAUGAAGCUCGAGUAGGCGGAAGUAAGAAACUGAUAAAGAUACUUGAAGAUGCAAUAUCAGAUAAGGUUGCAUGAUAUUUAUGUCUGUAUUUAUUCAAUGAUUUUCUAAAGUAUUUCACUAUAUCAAAUUUUAGUGUUGUAAAAUAAGCUGCCCCUUGAGAUUUUAUGUAGCCUUUGAAUAAUUGGUAACGUUGCACCAGAAAGAUCAUGUCACAAGCAGAAUAGAAAAUUUGCAUAAGUAGGUUACACUCAGGGAAUACAAAUCCAAACUUUGUUACAUUCACAACUUCUUAAUAGUCUUCACUCACAGUACUGCAUUCAUAGUCAUUCACAGUAGCGCAUUCAUAGUCAUUCGUAUUACUGCAUUCAACGUUAACGUUGACCACAUCACCGCCACCACCCCCACCUCCAGUAAGACUUUGUACAAAAUUCUGGCCAAUCUGCUGCAUCAUGCCAUCGACAAAUCCUGUCACCAUCACAUCUGCCAUACUUUGGUUGGCUGCAGCAGGUGCCGGCUGCAUCUGGUAAUUUUGACCACCGACAGGUGCUGGCUGCUGUGGUCGUGCAGUUUGAAAACCAACAGGUGGUUGUUGCUGUGUCAGUGGCCGUGGGUAACCGACAGGUGCUUGUUGCUGUGGCUGUGGGUAACCGACAGGUGCUUGUUGCUGUGGCUGUGGCUGUGGGGGACCCUGGUAAGUUUGAAAACCAGCAGGUGCUUGUUGCUGCGGGGGACGCUGGUAACUUGGAACGCCCACAGGUGUUUGCCAGUAAGUUUGAGCAUGACCUGUGCUCAUGCUAUGUGCAAGCGGCUGAGGUUGAUGGGAGGCAGAACCUGGAGCUGGAUACGAGUGACUGUGCUGUAGAGCCUUGGCAGUGGCACAGUGUAAAUGAACAUCAAACUCACAAGCAACACAGCGGUAGAGCCACUGGUCAGGCGACCCGACACUGCGGCAUACAUCACAGGAGAAGCCUAACUUUUCGCCGUAAGGAGAGGAAAAAGUAAGGACAAGCGGGUGUUGAUGGAACGGGUGGUUGACCGAGAGAGGCUUAGUAGCACAUAA